AUGGCAUGCCGGCCGUCAGACCACAUUAAUGAGCUAGAUACAGAGCGUAAAUGCGCCGACCCGCAUCAAAGGCGGCGAAGACGCAAGGAAACGCUGCUGAAGAUGCUGUAUGAUUAUUAUCUAGAGUGCUAUAGCGAUAUUAACCUGAUAAUUGCUAAAUAUCCGAUCCGAAACCCUUCCAAUAGCACAAUAGAUCCAGUACCUUGUCGAUACAUUACAGUUCACUUCUCAGUGGACAAACGAGUAAAUCCCAAGUGUGAUUUGGGGAGCCUCUCACGAAAGCGGAUUGAUCGAAAGACCACACUGGAAGGCAAGCUUGAUCAAUACCACAGAGAUUGCAAGAGUGAUAUCUUUAUUUCCAUCUCGGAGCAUUUGGUUGAUCAAACAACCAAGAGAAGAUGGCAGCCUUCCAUUCAAAUCUUUACAAAAAGACUUGUGAAGAAUGAAACUAAACUCUUUCCUCCACCAAAAGAGGAAUUGGAGAAACAAUAUCCACCUCCUGCCCAAAUCACAUUGGAGAAUUACUCCAAAUCCACAAAGUCUUGCAGUGGUGUUGGCCAACCAUCUCCCAGUUGA